AUGCAGCAGCGGCAUCCGCCGCCGAUCUCGCGCUCUCGCCGCCUUGCAUCCGCCGCGGGCGGACUGAUCGCCAGUGCCAGCGGGGGCAGCAGUGCAAGUGCCGCAGCCAGCGCAACCACCAAGGGUGGUCGACUUGCGGCGCAACCGCGCCUACCUCCGCGGACGACCAAGGUCAGCGAGAAAUUGGUGCUACUCCCGGAUACCGGCGGGGUGGGGGAACCGGAGGAGGAAGAUGAUGAUGAUGGUGAAGGGCGGGAUGAGCUGGAUCUCGUGGAUGAGGAGCUUGUUCAGCGUCUAGCACGGGAGAGACAUAUUGACCCCGAGGCGAUUCGGCAUCAAUUGCUUGCGCAGAAGAGGCUUGGUGGGGACUUUGGGGUUGAUAAUGAGAUUGCGCCGUUGUUGGCUGAGGAGGAGACCUUGAGGAAGAGGCGUGUUGGGCCUGAGCGGGCGAAGAGUUAUGCUGAGCGGUUGCCUAAGGCAAGACGGACGGAGAAGCUUGCUAGGGUGACGGCUUAUUGUACGGCGCAGGCUUAUAAGAUGGGGUCUGUGGCUGCGUUUGUGAAGGAUGCGCAUGGGGCGAGGACGAAGCUUUAUGAUGAUUGUUUGUACACGGCGUAUCAUUUGCCACUGUUACCGGGUCAUGAGGGGUAUCGACUGCGCAGUAGUCCUGUGCUGAAGUUCCCAGGUGGUCGGUCCUUGCUUGAUGAGGAGAUUGAGCGAAAUGAGCUGCGUGAUCAUCAUGAGGAUUAUAUGGGUGAGGUUGAGGAGCAUUCGGUUGUUGGGCAUGGUCGUCAUGAGGAUGAGCAUAACGCUGGAGCUUCGCCGGGUGGUGGGAAUGGUCAUGGGGAGAGACAGGAGCAUCGAGAGGGAUAUCUUGAUCGGAUUUCUGAGGAGGAUGCUCGGAUUCAGGAAGGGCAUGAAAAUGCUACCAGUGCCGAUGAUAAUGGUACAAAGCAUAGCACUGCCCAUUCAGAAGUCCAACAACCUCAAGAAACCCCGGAGCCGCGCCCUCGACGCCGUCGUCACAGCUCUGACGACGGGCAUCUCCUCAGGGACCGGGCUUCCCCUCCAUUACAGGCUGUAUCGUCGCCCAGGCCAGAAACCCCAGCCCGGACUCUGUACAACGUCGCCGAGAUGUUCGUCUUCAGCUAUGGCGUGGUAGUCUUCUGGAAUUUCACAGAACGACAGGAGAAAGAUCUGCUGGCAGAUCUAGCGUUUGCCACAUCCUCGGCGACAGGGACGCCUAUUCCGCUGGCGACGAUGCCCCUUCACGAAGAAGAUUUCGAGACGGAAGAGUUCCACUUCGAGUACUCGACGGAGAUCUCUCGACCGCGUGUGUACAAUGAUAUGAUCACGCUCCGCAGCGGUGACCAUAUGAUCAAGCUGGCCAUCAGUCAUGGCAUUUCGCAGAGCACGAAAUUGUGUUUCUUCGAAGAGGUGAUGGCUCGCCAGAUGGCCGAUGCAAAGGACGUUCCGCGUCGACUAGCAAUGACCGGAAAGCUAGGCAUGAAGCGUGAAGAAGUCUUCCGUAUUCUGGGUCGUCUUUUUAAGAGCAGAGUUGAGGUCAAUCUUUCAUCGAAUAUGCUCGACGUCCCGAACUUCUUCUGGGAGAGCGAACCCAACUUAUACCCUCUUUACAUCGCCGUGCGCGAGUAUCUCGAGAUCAAACCGCGCAUUCAAGUACUCAACGAGCGCUGCCGCGUAUUCCUCGACCUCGCAGAAAUUCUAUCCGACUCGAUUGCCGAUAAUCGAACUUCUCACCAAACCUGGAUCAUCAUCGUCCUAAUCAUAAUCUCCAUCCUCGUCACAAUCUCCGAAGUCUUCCUACGCUUCGGCCUCCUGCACGCCCGUGAAGGCGCCGCCACCAACCCUGCAGCCAUCAUUGCCCGUGCUAUGGGCCACUCUCCUCGCGCGGUGCCGUCAGGGAUAUCAUACUCUGCUGCUAAUCCUCCGCCAGGCUGUAUUUGCCCGUCUAUCCCGUCUGCGGGUGGGUCUGAUAUGGGUAUGAGCGGGAUUAUGGGACCGGGUCUUUGA